AAGGUAUGGAUGAAUUGAAAGUUAUUUUUACGUUUUUUUCUUGGUUUGAUGUAGCUAGCUAACUAAAUUACUUUGUGGUGCCUGUGGCCACCAUGGAAAAUGCUGUCAUCCUUCAAUGGAAUCAUUACCUAGCUAGCUACCUCGAGCUACAGUCAGAAGAAGAAAAUUCAUUCCAUAAAGUAUUAACAAAACUAUUUCUUUUUAAAUUGUAUUAUACAAUUUUUAAAUAUUUCCUAAAACUCAAGUUGCUUCUUUUUUUGUUGUAUCGUGGAAAUAAAUUUAAGUCACCAAUCCAAAACUAACAGGGGAAAAGAUACAUGAGGGUGCCGAUAAGCCACCAAUGGUUAAAAAAACUAUAACAAUUAAAAUAAACUUACUAUGUGGUAGCGAAGUUCUUAAAAGAACUGUUUUUGAUGGUUUUUGAUAAGAUUUACUUUAUAAAUAACUUAUAUAUAAACUUUAUUAACUCCUUUCUCUUCAAGCGACUUCUUACAACUGUCGUCCGCAUGAUGGUAUGUUACAAGAAAUUGCAUUUCGUGAAUGCUCCAGGCGGUUUCGGAGGACAAUCGCCAAUUUUAUGCGCAAAGUCGCCCAAACUGCCCUUGUAUAUGUGUGCGUUUGCGGCUUAUCAGCACCCUCUUAAAUAUACCUCUUCAUUCUUUAAGGUAUUUGCUCAUUUGUGGUUAAAAACUUUUGUACUGUUGUUACUAGCGUCUUUUUACUGAUAUAUGUUCUAAAUCUAUACUAUUUUAUCAAACAGUGCCUACCUGGAAGUUCUACUUUGUUUACCUACUUUCGCAUGUUGUUAAAUUCUUCAAAACUCGAACCUUGCAAUAAUUUUUUCAAGAAGUGAGCUAUGUACGACGUGUGAAGUCACAAAUGACCAAGUGGACUUUUGUUCGAUAAUGGUGGUGACUGUUAAUGUAAUUAUUGUUUUUGGGAGAUUAAGUUUGGACAUAUAUAAAAAUAUUUAAAAAAGAUAAAAAUAUUCAGGGCUUUAUCAUUUUCUUUACAACCCUAUGUUUUUGCAUUGUGUUUCAUGAGCUUACAAUAAUGUGGUAUAGCUAAGUUAUGAUACGUAAAAAAUACUCUUGAAUGACCCUUUAAGAAUGUGAAACCACAUAAUAGACCUUAAUCAAAUUUUGUGUUUUUCGUAACUUUUGUGUUCAGUAUGGUAGAUUAGUGUGCGUGUCAACUGGCCAAAAAUGCCAUAAGUAUGAGGGCAAGCUUGGGCAAAUUUUUAAAUACAAUUUGUACUUUCCAAAUGAAAAACAUUGCUUUCAAUUCUGUUGUCUUGGCCACAAAAAGUAGUGAUCUAUAUUUUAUGUGGUUAUCCUCAUUAAAGGGAAACUAAGGUCAAAAUUUUUUUUCAUAAAAACGUUUAUUAUACUAUUUAAAAAAGAUACCUUAAAUUUUUUUUCAAAAAAAAAUGUAUUUUUAUGAUGAUUUUAGAGUCAAAAGGUUAUUAUUUACAUCUCCGUCACGGCCAUUUAAAUCGGAGGAAACCUAGAAAUAAAGUGUGCGCAUGCGCCAAUUUUUUUAAAAUCCCGUACGAUAAAAUUUGAUGUCUUGAUGACGUCAUAGCUAUUGACCUAACUGAUUUAAAUGCAAUUUACCAAUCUGUAGGAGGGCUAGCGGGAUAAAUAGUAUUUUUAACCUUGGUAAGAGUGACCACACCGUCCAAAAUGUCAAUCAUUUCAGCCGGAUUCGCGCCCAAACAAAACACAAAAAACUUGGAAGCUAGCUAGCCUUAUAGCAAAUAUUGGUCAUUUUUGUCAUAUAUUUGCGCUAAUUCUACCCAAAAGAACGGUGUAAAAUUUAUCCUGAAAGUUAAAGGAACUAUUCAAUGAUCUAAUUCCAGUUGCAGUUAUCUGCUGUACUUUUUUUAUACGUGGUGAUACAAGAUUUUGCAACCACAACUUUUAGUUGAAAUUUCACUUUCGUUUUGUCACAAAGAUGGCUGACCCAGAGAGUCAACACAAUAUAUAUUUAACAAAACUGUGUCGAAUUUGUCAGGAGCAUACUGAAACUGCAAUUGAAAACUUCAUGAACUAUUACCGAAAAACUUGGCCAGAUGCGUCGAUUACGCCAAAGUUACACAUGCUGGAAAAUCAUGCGAUUGAUUUUGUCAGAAGAUGGGGUACAGCAUUUGGUUUUUAUGGAGAGCAGGGUGCAGAGAGCAUUCAUCCAACAUUCAACAAGUUGAUGGCUACUUAUUUUCAAAUGAAGCCUCCCACAAAGAGAUUGCAAGCAAUGAUGAACGAACACCUGACACGUGUCCACCCCAGGUCGCAAGUGCUUCGUCCCUCAAUUAGGAAAAGAAAACAUGAGGAAUGACACUAAAAUGACACUUAGGCCACCAUCAAAAUAUGUUAUGUUUGUGUCCUUAAGUUCCUGCAAAAAUGAAAAAAUGAGUAGGUCGGAUUUUUCCUAGGGAUUUUCAGAUAGGAGCAAUUAAAUUUGUUCCCUGGACUAAAAAACAGUAUAGCGCUACUCAACAUUGUUUGCAGACCCUUUAUACCACAUAAGCCAACUGAUGGCUUGUUCUCUUUUUUUUUAAUUUCCAAUCAAUUAUAAAGCACAUCAAUUAAAUAUGAUUGGAUAGAUAAAAAGAUAUCACGGCAUCCAAAGGAAAGGAAAAAAAAUUCCUGUUUUUUUUUCUUCGACUUGUCGACUCGGGUUUUUAUCACUGAAGCAAGUCAGUCGGAGGACGCAAACAUAACAUAUUUUGAUGGCAACUUUACUGUACUGUGCGUGGCUACCAUGUUAUGUUUCUAGGAUGUAUUUCUAAAAUUUAUUAUAAUGGAAUUAGAUGAUAGCAAAUAUGGCUACUUUGGGUAUUUUAAAAUUUUUUGGCUACCUUUGAGCUAUAAUGGUGCUCACAAAAAAAAGUACAGCAACAUCACUCCAAUCAAAAUAAGUUCUCCAAACAAUACUCUAUCAAAAAAAAUUUACCUGAUAUUCCUAGUUUGGGUAGAACUUGAAAUAUCGUGUUCGAUUUCCUUGCAACCACAUUUCCAAGACGAAUCCAUGUUGUCUUUUUCAGCCAUGUGUCACCGCAGCUUAUCGCCAAAGGAACUUGCUAUUUUGGGCUUUCGUUCAUCCGGCAUGGUUUAUUUCUCUAAAAAAAGCUGACCAAGCUCCCUCUCUUUUCCACGGGGCCUAAAAUUUCAUGUUUUUUAAAGAUAUUCUUCGCCGCGUCCGCAUCCCUUGAGCGCAAGAAGCCAAUUUGGAAUUCGGAAACCACGCGUGAUUUUUAAAAAACCCGGCGCAUGCGCACACUUUCCUUCCAUCGACAGAUGGCCGUGCCGUUAGAGUACAUAAAAAAACUCUACGAUAGAGAGCAAUGACGUAUGAUCCGCGAGUGAGUAAGUGAAACCAUACUAUAAGGUUCGCCUGAUUUGAUGUAUGAAGACAUAAAAGAUGAAUUUUACUUCUUAACUAUAAUUGUACAUUUUGUCUUUACUACUCAAAAUGCCAAGUUGCCUGGCAUAUGGAUGUUCGCAAACCACUGGGAGAGUAACUGCUAAAAAAAGUUUUUCAUGAUCCCAAAGCCAGUGAAUACAACUGAGAAACUUCACGCAGCACAAUGGUUGCAUAAUAUUGGUACUGGAUUGAAUGAAGAAGCAUUUCCAUUUGGGAAAAAUAAAGUUGUAUGUGAAGACCACUUCCAUCCUGAGUGCAUAAAAGAUGAUUUAAAAGGACGUCUAACGGGGAUACCAUCGAAACGGAAAGAGCUACUUUGUGGAGCAGUUCCAACUAUUUUUAAACACAAAACUUACGAAUUUAUUAACAUGGAUGGCACUACCGUAUUAAAACGUGAUUCAUCUUUAAAAAGAAAAAUGCAGGAAGAAUGCCUACAUGUGAGUUACAAAAAUCAUGUUUUUUAAUUUCAACCUUUUCUGGUACAACUCUUUUAGCGAACAUAUUUAAUUAGAUAGCCUGGUUUCUAUAUUGUAAUUAAAAUAUAAAUGUGUUUCGUAAUUUUUUUUAAGUAGUGAAAAUAAGUGGAAAUUUUAUAAAAAUUUCCAUGAAAAAUUCUUAAUAAAAUUUGGAAAAACGCACAAA